CUCAGUUUGGAUUCUUUCAAUUCUCAGUGACUUUCUCGGCACCAUUUGGGGAAAUCUUUAAACAAAUUCACACUUUUCCACAAUCUGCUGUGAGCCAAAGUAAGAGCUGGUCCAUAGGGAAAUGUGAAACCGUGCGUAAAAGUGACGACCAGACCGCAGAAACUAGCAUUUAUAGAGGAAAGUUUACCCGCUGAAAUCACAAGUGUCGCCACCUGCAGUUUGCUAUUUCAGUGCACGUGUUCCUUCCGAGGAUGACAAUCAGAUGAGCGAAGGGCUGCUGUUCAGGUGGGUUGAACCCUCCGCUGGAAGAGAUGUCCUUUACGCACCACCUCCCUCUGCUUCUGCUCGGCUUCAUCCAUACGGUUAAUGGAAGGUUUCCUCACUGCGUGCUCUUCUGGGAGAUGCAGAGAGCCAGAGGAGAGUGUCAGACACAGCUUCAACAGCAGAUGCCAACUACUGCAGGAUGUCUAGGGGAGUGGAACAACGUGUCGUGUUGGCACAGCGCAGCAGUCGGCGAGGUGCUGACCCUCCCUUGCCCCUCCCCUUUCCUGCGAUUUUUUGGCAAGAAUGGAAACCUCAGCAGGAACUGCACAGAGAAAGGCUGGUCCUCUGUCUACCCCGACAUCCGUGUCACCUGCUCAUCAGACAUCACAGAAAGACCUAAAGAGCUGGUCUUCUACAAAAUGGUACAGAUUCUGUCCACUCUGGGCCACAGCCUGUCGCUCAUCACCCUGCUCACCAGCACUGUCAUCAUCUGUUUGUUCAGGAGGCUCCACUGCAUGAGGAACUACAUCCAUUUAAACUUGUUUGUGUCCUUCAUGCUGCGAGCUGUGGCUGUUCUGAUCAAAGACACCCUGCUCUUCUCAGAGGAUGAAACUAUCGACUGCAGCACGCAACCCUCACUGGUGGGCUGCAAGGCCAGUCUGGUGUUCUUUAACUACUUCGUCAUGGCUAACUUCUUCUGGCUGCUGGUGGAAGGUCUCUACCUGCACAUGCUGCUGCUUGUCAACCACACCUACUCCACCCACCUCUCCAUCUACAUGGUCAUCGGCUGGGGAAUCCCUUUUGUUUUCAUGGUGGCUUGGAUCAUAAGUAGGAUAAACCUGGAGGAUACAAGCUGUUGGGAGAUUAAUGACAAUCCUGUCCCUGACAGACUCAUGAACUGGCCCAUAAUGGCGUCUGUCAUUGUAAGUUUCAUUCUGUUCAUCAGCAUCAUUCGCAUCCUGGUACAGAAACUGCGCUGUGCUGAUGUCGGAGGAAACGAACAGUCGCAGUACAGGCGCCUGGCUAAGUCCACCCUCCUGCUGAUCCCUCUGUUUGGAGUGAACUACGUGGUGUUUUGCUACCUUAUGGAGCCAGCUGAUAAAACCUUGGAGCAAAUCAAGAUUUUCUUUGACCUCGGCCUUGGAUCCUUCCAGGGUCUGAUUGUAGCUGUCCUCUACUGUGUCCUCAACAGCGAGGUUCAGAGUGAGCUGAGGAGGACAUGGAGGAGUUUAUCUCUGAAACGUUGUGUGGGACAGGACUACAGGCUCCGCUCUAUGUCAGCCAACCGGAAUGAAACUGAAAACUCCACACAGUUUCCCAGAAACAUCAGAGCUCAGUCCAUCCUGCAGACUGAAACCAGCAUGCUCUGACCAGGAACGGAUAUGAAGACAGAGCAAGCACUGAAAACUGUGACCACUUGAGGGGAGAAUGACAUCACAAUAUGCUGCCGACGUGCCUGUAUCCGGAUGAAACUUCACAAUAUCAAGUGAUCAUUUUAACGCUUUGUGCCAACCAAAGAGAGAAAAACAGGACAGUGAUGAAUGGCAUGCCACAGUGCUGUCAAGUAAAAUUAUAUUUUAUUUUUUUAACUACCCCAGUGAAUGGCUAAAAGAGAAUUACCAGAUGUUAUCUGCCUUUAACCUAGCGAAAGAUCAAAAACCAUUGACAUUUUUAUUGGUGGUAAACAUUUACUGCAUAUAUAGAUAUACUGAUACAGAAUCCCAGUUUUCCUGGUCUUUUUGCAGAUUCAUUGCCAUCUUUCCUCACUGUCUAGAUCCACUUUUGUCUUUUUAAAGUCUUAGUUUGGCAGCUUUUAAAACAGGUCUGGGUUCUUAAUCACUUUUGUAGAGCAUCCCAUCACAGGUGAAGACAGUGAGGUACCUUUAUGCAUUACAAAUUUGAGUGGAGACCAUGUUUUCCCUCUGCUGUGGGCAGGACCUACUUUGAAGACAUUUUUGAAGAGUGAUUCUCAAUAUUUAAAGUGAGUCAUAACACAGGAAGUCCAACCCAAGGAUCCUUUUACAGACAUAUCAUUCCCAGCUGCAGAGACUGAAUUUCAAGCCUGCAAAAGAGAAACAUGACUUGUCCUAGUGUAUUUACCUCCUGGAGUGCAUUCUAAGGAUCCCUGAACUCAAAUCUUUGCAGAACCAAAUCUCAGAAGAAAACAAAAUCAUUUAAAUUAUCCUCAAUGUAACACAAUUUCAUAAGAUUAUCUGUCAUGCUGUCAUAAUAUCUGUCAUAUUACAUCCAUUUCCCCGGCAGAGAGCCAGUGUAAGCUGUGGUGCAGCUGUUACUACCCCUACUGGUCAUUUUUAAUGUAACAUAUUAACAAUUUUCAGAACAUAUUUUUCAUUUUGUAAUGUGAAAGGUUUGCAGAGUUAUAAAGCCCAAAAAUCCCACAGAAGGAAGUUCCUCUCUCCCAGAGAAAAUACUGAUUAUUACUCUACUGAUCGUGAUAACAGCUAUAGUUGUGAUAAUAAAUUUAUCCUGUUCAAUUGAUGCUUUCUUCAGCAUAGACAGCUAUAUAGCCUCUCAACUCCAUGUCAAGUUUCCGUAAGUCUAAAAGGCAGUGAGCAGUGAAUGUCACACAGAUGUGUGUGGCCACCAAGUGUCUUAUUUGAAAUCCUCUUCGUGUUCGUCUGUGUGGUCUCACACAGUUUUCCAUGUGUGAUAAGAUUGCAACACAACUUUGAACUUUGUAUCAUGGUUCAGUUCCAUCAUAUUUUCUUAAAGCCAACGUGCCACACUCAGGCGACAUCUCUGUGGUGUCUCUGCAGAUGCAGUUGCAUGGCAAAACUAGCAGGUAAGUCCACAAAAUUCAAACUGCUUUUGUUACUGUAACAUUUACUGUAAAAUCCAAAAUACUUCCAAAGACUGGUUUCUCUUAUUUUUAUUUUUGACGUGGUUCCCCUCCUAUAAGUUAUUGCUUAUGAGUUCCCUUCAUUUUUGUUGCAAUGUAGCAAACCUAGCAUUAGUUUAUUUUGCUGAGAUAUUACCAGGGCAUGCCUUAGGUGAGCUGAUACCAGAGCGCCCUCUGCUGGAUCACAAGGGAGAAGAUGGCCGAACAACCAUCUCUGCAGGCUUUGGUCUAAAUUUGAAAUGGGUUACUGACACCUGACGUUUCCCCUCAUUUGGCAAACAUAUUGUGACAAAAUGUUUGUUUUGGGGGUAUUUUUGUUAAUUUUUUUGUAUGCUUAAAUACAUUUAUCUGUUUUUCAAUUUUAUCAUCUCACAACCUCUUGGACUUAUCUUUUAAGCCCAGUCUGGGAAUCAACAUCCUGAUGGGAAGAUCAUAAUUAGCCGUUUCUAGGUAAAAGCUCAGGAAAUGUACAAAUGACUGAAGCUCUUGUUAUUAUUAUUAUUUUCUUUUAAUGUGUUAAAGCAUUUUUCAUAUAUUCUGAUUUGUGAAGAAUGCAUACAUUUACAAAUAUGGGUGUUUGAAGAGCAAAUUGUGAUAAAUAUGUUUGUACUGAUAAACUAUCUUUGAUUCACCUAGAUUUUUUUUUUUAACCAUUAUUAUUUUAAAGAGGAUUAGAAACCGAAUCAGAAAUCGCUUUCAUCAUUUGCUAUGUUUGUCUAGUAACCUAAUCAGACAAAGGUUUGGUUAGGUUACUAGGAAAAAAAAAAUCAAACUAAGAGCUUUAUUUCAGUUUCUUUUCAGCUGUCAGUCAACCAAAAACCACAUCUUUGCCUUGUACAAGAAAGCAUUUUUAUGAUGUAUCAUUUGUUUUUUUUUCCACAGUUGGACUUGUUGUAUUUAUAAGAGAUACCGAGCACUGAUAUUGAUCUGUAAGCUUCUGAAUUCAGCUGUAACUCCAUGUUUGAUGUAUAAAACUUUGACCAUUCAGCAGAAGUCAAAUUGUCUCUUUAACAACACACGUUGCAUAUAAAUGCAUUCAUGAGUUAAGAUCUGAAAAAUGUAUUUUUAUUGUCUGUGAAUGUUUUUUAUGCUUAGCCUUAAUAUGUAAGCAUUAUUCAAUGUUCGUUAUUUUAGUAGAAGAAUGUGAAUAAAUUUAUUCAGUAGUAUACAUCAUUAAUAUUGAAAACUCUUAGCAGCCAGAGCAGCAGUAACAAAGCUUAACACAAUAUGAAUCUUACAGGUGAUGAUAACUAAAACAUAGGUGAAAAACAUAAUCUGUUAGCGCUAUAAUAGCUACCCUUUGAGGCAGUAAUAAAGUCUGAAAAGGAAAUGCUACACAUUUUGUCUACACAAUGUUUAGCAAGCUCAA